AUGGAAGAAACAAUCGCCGAGCUAAAGCGCCAGCUUAAAGAGGAGAGACAGGCGCGAGAAGCAGAAGAGCGCCGUGAGGAGGAAGAGAGAAAAGCGCGAGAAGAAGCAGAGCGCCUCCAGAGAGAGGCUGAACGGCGACUCGAACCUAACACACCAUUUCACCUCUUUGAUCGUUGCCACAACUCUCUGUCUCAAGCGAUUCAGGUUGAGACUGAUGCGACUCACGACACAGGGCGACGCGACUGGCCCAACCGCACCAAUGCCUUUACCUCGCGCCCACUAUUCCCUUCUGAUGAGCAAACCGAAUAUGUCGCUACAAAUAUCCAGAACAGGCCGAUCUAUUCGGAAGCGUCUCUUCGGAAUUUUGAGCGAGACACAGUGGGUAACUUUGUUGAAAAAGUCCUUGAGGCGUUACUAGGUGAUGAACCUCUUCGACAUGAGUUUGGAAUCCAGGGCCGAGUCACCUUCUAUGACCGCGCGAACCUAUCAGAAACUUUACUAGAGAACAUCUUAGAGCGAAUGAAUCUCCGGGAUGCGCGGACACCCCAAAGACCAGCGAACACUAGCACUACGCGAAAACGUAAUCGGCGCGCCGACCAGUUCUGCGUGCAUCUCGUGGCUGAUGAACGACAAAUACCAGCGUAUGCAGUGGAGUUCAAAGCGCCGCAUAAAGUGACAAUCCCCGAAUUAGUGGCGGGUCUACACCAGAUGGAUCUGGAUCGCGAUAUAAUUGACCAGGAAGGCGAUACGUUUGAGUUUUAUGCCACCUACCUCGUCGCCGCUGUGGUCACUCAGAUAUUCUCAUAUAUGAUCGAUAGUGGGGUUCAAUACGGCUACAUCUGCACAGGGGAGGCUUUUGCUUUUCUUCAAAUCCCGAAGGAUCAUCCCACAGUUGUGCAAUAUUUUAUGUGUAUCCCGAAUCAGGACGUGCAGGCGGAUGAUGAAUGGCGCCUCCAAUGGACCGCCAUCGGUUAG